GGGGGGUUGUUAAAUUUGGUUAAAACCUAAGAACCAAACCCUAAUUAUAUACUGGGGGGACACGUCCCCCCAAAAUUCAGCUGUGCUCACAAUGUCCCCUCCCUCCCAAUAUAUAGGCAUAUUAUAAUUACGACCUUAAUUGAUCCCCCCAAUGUUGACUCCCUGGCUAUACGGCCUUGGCCAGAGCACUGCAGUAUGUUGGUGUUAAUGUUAAAGCUGCAACCAUACAAUAACCGAUGUUACAUAUCACUUAUACCUAUUUAACUAGCCUACAUAAAUAUUAAUCCAACUAUGUAACGAUAUGUUCUACUUGUGUAAAUGCAACACGUUGACCUAAAUAUUUAGUCUGUAUUGUGCAGGAAAAUAAUGUAUGACAAUUAACGAAGUCAGAUGGCUGCCGAAUAAAUAUACAUAACUUAUUUUAGGUCAGGCAGGUUUUCUCCGCGAGCUCCAACUUUCACCAUCCGCUUAACUGUUUAAUUUUAGCCAGGCAAUUCCUCCGUAUUAUUUCUGUAUCCAAAUUCCUAAUAUAACCCACCCGUAAAAAAGUCUCUUGUCUCAUAAUUCAGAAUUUAAUUGAAUUCAUCCCAUUGUCCUUCACCCAUGGGGGAGUUUUGGCCUUAACACAAAAGCGAGGUUUGGGCCGUCGGUUCAAAGGCAGAUGCAGAGCGACAAAGCGCAGGCAGCCUUUAUUACGGUCCGUGAUGCCCGUAACCCUCGCGUGUUUCCGUGGGUGUCAGCUUAAAUCAAGCCGGAGUUGCCGGGCCAUCGUCCCUGCUUUGUGCCGGCCCUAUUCAAGCAGGUGUCACAAAUGUGGGUGCUGUGUUUAUUCAUAGAUCGCAUUCGGAUAAUUAAACCUCAUUUAACGUGCGGAUCCCGCGCAUUGUGCCGUGAUUAAGGUUGUAAUCUGUUUCGAAACUUGAUGCGUAUUCCACAUAGGCGCGUCGCAAGGUCGCCGCUAAAAAUGUAUUAUUUAUCAAGGCUGGACAAUCGUGGAACGAAACAGCUGUGCGCCUAUAAUAAAAAGCCGACAGAGGGCUCUGCGCUUGCAGACGAAGCGCUCUCCGUCUUUUGUUUCCGUAAAAAGGGGAGUACCGCGCCGCUUCCUCCCUUGUGAGGGAAGGCGAUUGGUUUCCAGGCUCGUAUAAAAACCUGCGAGCACUUGGCCGGGGUAGCGCAGUACUGGGACGUUGAGGAGGAGGGCUUUGUGAGAGAGGAUACCUCGGCUUCUUGCUUUCCUGGAAUUUGGUUGCGCAUUGCCUGUAUGCGUGUGUUGUCACUGAGGUCGGUGCUUUCAAGGACUAUACCAUAGCAAAAAUCAAUGAAGGAGAGAAGAUCUAGCCAGAAAUCACUGAAAUCCAGGAUGGAUCCCAAUCAGAGUGCCAAAUGCAAAAUAGUGGUGGUGGGAGACAGUCAGUGUGGAAAAACGGCAUUACUUCACGUCUUUGCGAAGGACUGCUUCCCAGAGAACUACGUGCAGACAGUAUUUGAAAAUUAUACUGCGAGUUUUGAAAUCGACAAGAAAAGGAUUGAGCUCAGUUUGUGGGACACCUCAGGGUCUCCGUAUUACGACAACGUGCGGCCACUUUCGUACCCGGACUCAGAUGCCGUCCUCAUCUGCUUCGACAUCAGCCGGCCGGAGACGCUUGACAGCGUGCAGAAGAAGUGGAAGGGUGAGAUCCAGGAGUUCUGUCCCAACACCAAGAUUCUGCUGGUGGGCUGCAAAUCCGACCUGCGCACCGAUCUGACCACGCUGGUGGAACUGUCCAAUCACAGGCAGACCCCCGUGUCAUAUGAUCAGGGCUCCAACAUGGCCAAGCAGAUGGGCGCCCCCUACAUCGAGUGCUCGGCACUGCAGUCGGAGAACAGCGUGCGGGACAUCUUCCACAUGGCCACGCUGGCGAGCGUCAACAAGAACAACAAGCAUGUGAAACGCAGCAAGACAACUCGCAGCACCAAGCGCAUCUCGCAUAUGCCUGGGCGGGCGGAGCUCGGUACUGUGCCCACAGACCUCCGUAAGGACAAAGCCAAGAGCUGCGUGGUCAUGUGAUGCAUUGGGAACAACUGGGUUACCGUGGCGAAGGCAGAGCAGGGUGCUAGGACGUCAACCCGGCCCCCCCACUGGGGCCACCUCGAUCCAACUGACCAUCAAGCAAACUUGAGAGAUGGCAGGUGGCUGUUUCUGCACUUUAAAGCAUCCACUGUCCACCCCCAGUCCCACCCCCUCGGUUGUUGGUCUGACGUAAGCUGGAACAUAAGGUGCCAAAUGAACGACCCUGAGUGGAUGCCCACAGGAGAGACUUCGGCGAAAGCUGAUUGGUGCAUCCGAGAUGCCCCGCCCAUGUCUGCCCCCCAGCUUUUGAACAUACCCCCAAAAGGAAACUAUUGGGUCCACUUCUCUAACCCCUUCCCAGACCCUGCUGGUGACCUUCUGUGACCUCUCGGGGGGGGGGAGGGGGUCAAACCCUAUUCUUAUCGCCUGCAGGAGGUAAAUGGGAGUCGUCAGAUCCCUUCCUAUGAUGAAAGAUGUGAAAACUGGGAUUCCUUUGGAGGGCCAUUCUCCUCAGGGGUGGGGGAGAACCCCCUCACUCUCACACAGGAGAGGCAAGCGCCUUCCUUGCACUUAUGACAGAGGUGGACAAUGAAGGACUACGUGAAUCACUGUGGUUUAGAAUCAGCUCUUCAGGAUUUUAGUUCUUCCUCAAUGCCAUCCCCAGUCCGUCGAGUGGAAUGAGGAACCUCUCUCUGCAUGCCGCACCGCGACAUCACUCCAGGUGUGAAAACCUGUGCCGCUCACAUUCACAACUCAGAGAACAUUACGCUCCAAACCAAUUUUUUUUUUUGUUUUCCAACCAAAGAUCUGUGUCGAAUUCCCCCGGAAGCUUCCGCACGCUUCUUAAUUUAAUUACGCUCUUGACCAGCGUUCAGCCAAGCCUUGACGUGUCACCAUGGCAACAGGGUAUUGUAGGAUACGCCGGUGUGUUUCGUGGGCUCGCCCUAGCCUGCGGUCGGCCUCCAUGCCAGUGCCUGAGUGUGAUGUGUGCGUGUGGAAACAUGCAUCAGCCAAUCAGAGGGCACCCUUUCUCAUCCUCCCUCCUUGCCACCUCCUCAUCAUCCACGAGACAACCUCAGACAAAUUCCUGUCCCGCUGUACCCUUGUUUUCCCUAUACGGGGGGGUCUUUGACUAUGCAAUGCAUAUAGUUUUCUUCAGAUCCACGUUGGGUCAUCGGAAACACACCACUUACCGCUGGAACACACUCCUGUGCAGGUUUUUACAGGCUUUUGUGAGGGAUCGAGAAAACGGAGACUGAGUUUUUUUACUCCGUUAAAGAGGCUCCUCUGCCGGGUGAGCAUUUGGAUGUGCUUUUGUCUGUGUUACAAGCCGCCGGUCGCACUUUCAUCAAAAUGAGGCUUCACCUGAUGCAGCGAGCUGCCUUUCUGCUAAUUGGGCCUGUUCCUGGACUGCUUUCACCGUGAUGCCCCGAUUAUCCUCAGGGGGCAGUAUUAUCAGCUAGCUGGCUAUGCUUUCAAUUUCAAUGUUAAAAACGAAAAAACACGAAUGAACGAAAUUUUAAGUUAUGGAAGUGUGUUAAAACUGUAGAGCCUCAUCGUUUUCUGAAUGUCUGUUUGUAUGUCUGUUCCAUUGAUGUUUUAGCAGUAUUUAUUGAAGUAUCUAUUUUUCCCCUUUGAAAUAAAUCCAGAAAAAAUGUU